AUUUUCUAGGAGUCAAUUCGUCGAUGUUAGUGUCGUUCUAAUUCAACUCAAGAUUACUAAUUCUCGACUCGGACAUCUUGCAUUAGCAACCGCAUUGCUCGGUGAUCUCGCGAUUUUCGUUAUCGGGAACGCCACGUUUACGUAUCGGAGAGUGACUGCGUCGAAUUCCGUGAGACUUUGGGUUCAAUCCGUCGGGUUGAUUGUUAUAUUUUUAGGGUUUAUAUUCGGUGCAAUGAGAAUGCUCUCGAUUUGGUUCAUCAGAAUAACCCCAGAAGGAAAACCUAUUAAAAAUCUUUACGUGCACGUAUUUGUUGCAGUUGUUUUGGUACUAUCAUCGAUAGGAGACACAAUGGGAUUGAAUUAUUUAUGGGGUCCGUUUGUUUUAGGGUUAAUUAUACCGGCGGGUUCUCCGUUAGCAACGAUGUUAACGUUGAAGCUUGAUACGGUGGUUUACGGGUUGUUUAUUCCGAUUAUGUCUACGUUUUUAGCUUCCAAACUUAACUUAUGGAUCGCGAUUCCGGCAUUGCGUUACGCUGUCCAUUUUCAGUUGGCUAUAAUUUGCUAUCUUAUCAAAUUGGUGGCAACUUUUGUGUUUGUGAUUCCGAUCAAACUCUCUUUGAAAGAAGCUAUUGCUCUUACCCUAAUUUUGAAUGUCAAAGGCAUCACGGAGAUGGGUUACUUUUUGAGCUACACUCCAGUUGAGGCAGGGAAUCUAGAAAGUGUAUGUGGGGUUCUAUUAGUAUUCUUGCUAACAUCAUAUGCACCACCAUUAAUCAAUUUACUAUAUGAUCCAAGCAAGCAUUACAUAGGCUAUAAGAAAAAAUGCAUUGAGUACACUCCAUAUGAUGCUGACCUUGAAAUUCUAGUUUGUGCACAUAAACAAGAAGAUGCCAUGGCUGCAAUUAAGCUUUUUGAAAUUUCUAAACCUACAAAACAAAGUCCAAUUUCUGUUUAUGGACUAUGCUUGGAAGAGCUUGUUAGUAGUGCCACUCCACUUUUAAUCAAUCACCAAUUAGGUCAAAAGAUAUUGACUUCUCAAAGAUCAACUCUAUCUCGGUCCCAGUCGAUUAUCGACAUUUUUAGGUAUUUUAAAUCCGAAUUCGAAAAAUCCGCUCAGGUUAACGUGUUCACCGCAGUUUCGCCGCUCAAACAGAUGCACGAGGAUAUAUGUUGGCUCGCGUUUGACAAGACGUGUUCGUUGAUUAUACUUCCGUUCCAUAAGAAAUGGAAUAACACUGGAAAAAUUGUGUCGAACAGUAUUGAUUUUAGGAAUUUGAACAUUAGUGUUUUUGACAGGGCGCCCUGUUCUGUCGGAAUUUUGUUAGAUCGUCGAAAAAACCGCGGCUUGUCGUCUAUUUUUGACUCGUCGACAAUAUAUCACGUGGCUCUACUAUUUGUCGGAGGUAGAGACGACAGAGAAGCACUGGCGUACGCUUUAAGAAUGUCGAGAAGCUCGGAACUUCGGCUGACAAUUAUGCAUUUUGUUACUACGGAAGAGAUCGUGCACGAUAGUUGGGAAAAUAUGCUUGAUCUCGAAUCUUUAAAAUGCUUGAGACAAGAAAUCGCAAUGAACAUGAAUAUUACUUAUAUAGAAGAGAUUGUAAGAGACGGGUCUGAUACAGCAGCGAUUGUUAAAUCCAUUCAAGGGAGUUUUGAUCUGAUAAUGGCCGGGAGACGACACAAAAGCAAGCCAGAAGCAGUAUCGGGAUUAUUGCAAUGGGCGGAAUAUCCCGAGCUCGGAGAAAUGGGAGAUUUGCUUGCUUCUUCAGAUAUUUUGAGUACAGUUUCAAUAUUAGUGAUGCAACAACAAAUCCUGAAAGCAGAUCAUAGUAGUAUUCUGAAUUGA